AUGGAACAUCCCGUAUAUACAAUAUAUAUGUAUAAACGUACUCGUAUACGGGCGCUAAAGGUUUUCCUUGUUUUCCGCGGUGCGUGGGCGGCGGUUGCGAGGCGUCUGCGGGGGUGGUUUGGGGCACCGGUGUCGGUGCGGGUCGGUUACGGCGGCGGCGAGAGGGUCCGCUGUGGGCGACUCAGCUACAACUGUAUGGGUUAUACGACCGUGCAGUCAGACGGCAGCGGUGGAGUCGUUGGAGGUGGUGAAGGUGGGUGUGGAGGCGGUGGCGGCGUUGUAGCUAGUUCGAUUCAUUCCGAUCGCUUUACGGGCAAAAUGGCCGAUGGAACAGGCGCUGGACUUACCGCAGGAGAUGACACAGUGGUCGGAGGCCCAAAGACACCACAGCAAAUCGCGGCGCAAAAGCGAUUGCAACAAACACAAGCACAAGUCGAUGAGGUGGUGGAUAUUAUGAAGACGAACGUGAUGAAGGUACUGGACAGGGAUCAAAAACUCUCCGAACUGGAUGACAGAGCAGAUGCAUUACAACAAGGGGCAUCGCAAUUUGAACAACAAGCUGGAAAACUAAAGAGGAAAUUUUGGCUACAAAAUUUAAAGAUGAUGAUCAUAAUGGGAGUUAUUGGUCUUGUAAUAUUAGCCAUUAUAGUUGCUUGGUUUUCGGACGAAUAA